AUGCGUGUCGGCAUCGUGAACGUCCUCGUCGCGAUGCUAUUACCGUGGUUUGCCGCCGGUGGGAUAGGCAACCGACUGCGACGAUUCUUAAGUUCCAAAAUCCAGCGGAAGAGCAGGAAUGCUACCAAGCUCGAAUACAGACCGUUGGUAACUGAAAAGUGGGACAGACCUCAUCCACUGCCUGGAGCUGCUCCUUUUGGUGCGGUUGAUCCUAAGGAGAAAAAGAGGGAGGUGAGGAAUUAG